GCAAUACACACGCCGGUCACGAUUCCAGCAGCUCGCGACCUGCAGCGUUGGUGUCUGUCUCCUAGCUCCUCUGGCCAGCCCUGACGCCAAUCUUGUCGAAUCUGGCCGUCCCUGCCGCCUGUCAGGACCACUGCCGCUCAUGCAGCGCGCACGGUGCUCACCUCCAACCUCGCAAACAUACACCCAGUCACAAUUACUUCACGCACCCCCCAACCCGCGACGGCGCCGCCUGCUGCGACCGCGACUGAAGAAACAACCGCGCCCGCCCGCUGGUCGCUCACGAACCGCAUCUUCAGCCUCAGCCUGCGCGGCCUGUAUCCUGCGAGUGCCGGCCCCCCUCGACCCUCGGCCUCACGCCUCUGGAACCCGCAGAACAGCUCUCCGCGCGCGCCGCCCACCGCCUCUCGCCAGCACCAGCACCAGCACCAGUACCAGCACCAGCAACUGCGCCAGCACCAGACGCCGCCCAAGUCUGCGCCGCGAGAGCCCAACGUCCCUGUCGAGCGGCCUCGCUCCGAGCGCGACGAGUACCCGCUGCUGACCCUCCCGCAGCGGCACCAGAGCCGCCAGAGCCCUGCGCCGAGCUCGCUGCUUGUCGAACGUCCCACCGGCGGGGAAGACGGCAUCGGAAGCGG